GGAACAUCUUUGCCUUCUCUCACCCCAGAACCGGCAGAGACCGUUGAGGAUCUAGGCUUUAAUAUCCUUUGCAUCCGAAUAUCUUAAUCUUACCCAGACUACGUUCGUCAUCUCUUGAUAGAGAUGUCUGCAAGCCCGUCUCCUUCUGCUGGUGGCGACACCAAGCAGUCCGACCAGGUUCACUUUCGUUUCUGUCGAGAAUGCUCCAAUCUACUCUAUCCGAAAGAGGAUCGCGUUACGAACCAACUAAUGUAUUCCUGCCGAACAUGCCAUGUUUCCGAGCCUGCCACCUCAUACUGCGUCUAUCAGAACAAUUUGAACAGUCAAGUGGGAGAUACUGCCGGCGUGACUCAAGAUGUGAUAUCAGAUCCUACGCUUCCGCGGUCUAAUAAAAUGUGCCCUAGCUGCGGUGAAAACGAAGCAGUCUUCUUUCAGUCCCAACAGCGGUCGGCCGAAACUGGGAUGAAACUCUACUAUGUUUGCUGCACUUGCGGUAACGUCUUCACAUGAUCCCUUCUUGCAUCACGACCUUCAUUACGACCUUCCUCAAUCUAUACAUGAUACCCAGUCUCUCUCCACCCUUUGACUGUGGAGCCGAUGAAUUGCAUGGUGUCGAAAUUUCUUCAGCCCGCUACUUUGGCUAUCAGCUGCCUAGAUCUUCACUCAAUGACCAGAAGGAUUUAUAAGGCGGGAUAUGGCCAUUAUACGGUCCGAAAGGGAUGGAUGUUCUAUUAGCAUGAAAGCGAAUCUGCGGUCUGGGACAAUAUACGGAUCCAAUAUGGCUUAGUAUUUUCGACUAGAAGCCGAGCAGCUGCGGCCAUUCUAUUUUAUCGUCUCCUUUGUUGUUUCGUUUGAAGCGAACUAUGUAUAAAUACGUGAAUCUUGAAUUAUUAUCUUGUCUAUCACCAUACACUUGUCCGACAAGAAACGAGGUUGGAUGACGCUAGAUAUACUAUUAGCCUCAACACAUUUCUACUUUAUUACAGUUC